CCAACCUUUUCCCCAACGAUAUCUUCCCCCCUUCGCUCCACACCCUUUUCUCGCAAGGCUGAGCAUCAGACUAAUACCACAUUUUCUCUCAAACGGUCUUCAUUAUAAUAUACUCCAUCGUCAUUUAUUUCCAGAAAAUAACAACCAGCAUUUUCCUUCACACAAACCGCCCGACUACCAUUUCGUCCUACAAUCAAGCUAUGAGCACCUCUUCAGCAGCACCCAGCAUUAUCUCGUCUUUCCGCCCGUCCUUCACGACUUCACGUAUGACAGCAUCCCACACAAAACAGCGGAGCAAAGUCACAGCCCUACUUCUCUCCCUCACUAUCGCCUGCAUUUUCCUCGCCUCAACCUGUUCCGCCAUCUCUAUCCCCAAAAUCGCCCUCCAGCUAAACCAGCAGCGAUCGAUCGCUCAGCAAGUUCAUCAUGUCCAGGUCGCGGACGAAAGUAUCCACAAUGCCAUGAUCCUGAUGAAAAAGUCGCUUCAAAAGCAGCGUCAACAAAAGCGGCUCCUCCAGCAAGAAAAGCAUCAUCAACAGCAACCAAAGCAAGAAUCUAAAAAGAGACGAUCCCAGCUACAAAAACGCGAGGUUGAGGGGGAAGCCUCGCUUGAGUUUAAUGCCCACGCUGAGAGUGAGAGCUUCCGCGAACAGCAACUUGUCACCCCGUCGUCGCAACACCUGACGAUAUCCCCGAAUACCAACCAUGAGGAUGGUAGGUACAGCGGUGAUCGUAAAAGGAACAUUCGUAUCACAAAGUCUAAGCGAGCAAGACUUAUUUCCGCGUACGAGGCCAUUGUUUUCUCAGAAAGCCAGAUGCCUGUCUUUUUGAGCCAAGACCAUCGACAGACAACGUCUGCCAUCACGACCAAAGGCCGGACCAGCCACCAGACCAAGCAUGCGGCCGCCACCAUCGAUAUCGUGAACGACCAAGAUGGGACUGAGUAAACCAGGGGCUGAGGAACAGUGACUCGCUGGUAGACCUGCAGCCACUAACAACGACGCCCAACCCCAUCAACUCCAGACAUAGUGAUGUUGCUCUCGAUCCAAAAAUAAACAAGGACGUUUCUCCAUGGUACUUUUCUUUGGAAGCCCAUGGUGGUGGACAGUGCCUUCAGAAGAUCUUAUAAUGACAGAAACAGUAACAUUGCUCAAAGACAAGAAAGCAACAGCCAUAGGGUUACGCCCUCGGGAACAAUGCGGGCAGUAGAAAUAUCUUAUCAGUCAUCUUUUGAUGCUAGUUUCAACAAGAGCAUCAUACGCGACGCAUGCAGGUACAAAACAAG